AUGGCCCACAAGACAUCGAGAAAGCGACCCCAUUCGUCCGUUGCGCUGUGGUUUGAGGGCCAGCGGUUCCUGUCGAUCCCUGAAUCUUCUCUAUUCCCGUUAGUGAAGGCGGAAUCGUUCCAGCCAAAACGCUAUUGCCGCAUCGAAGUGGAAACACUAGCCGAGAGUCAAUUGCCCUCUCCUGAGCCGGAACAAGAAAAUCAUGGGGAAGACUACUUUGAUAGUGGGUUUGAGAAACUCCUCGACCAGUUCUUCGGCGGGCCCGUGCCUCAAUGGACUCAGAAAGGUGGCGAAUCUGUUACAGUUGAUUCACGCUUACCGACGCCACCCGCCAGCGAUCCAGCUCUGGAGGAUGUUGAAGCUCACUCCGAGGAACGGUCCACGUCUAAAGCUAACUAUACCACCGCGUUAGUCCUGUCAACGGCGUCGGCGGCGGCCAAAUUAUCACCGGAAUCUGAUGCAGCUCGUGAGGUUACUAGUAAUAUUAAUCAUGACCAAACCUCACUGAAGGGACCAGCGUCAGUUUCACUUCCUACACCUAACGCUACUACGAUUAACGAUGAUACUGCCGAGGAGAGUCUACUGGAACAGACAAGUGAUGACGAUGAUGAGACUACCAAAAAUGAUUCGGUGGUGAUUGCUCUACCCAAACCAACGGAGAUGUCUACGACUACAACCGAUGAUGAACCGGCUAACUCUCCACCACUCUUUAGCAUUACGCCGCAAACACCCACUACCACCCCUACUGCCAAUGAUCCGUCAUUGUUGGCAGAAGACUCUGAGGAAGAAGACGUCGACCCCGACGUAUCGAUCAAACGCCACCGAGAGACGGGUGUGCUCGUGUGUUGCGAGGGCCAUGCCCCGAUGGCGAUACUUCAUCAUCGGAUCAGCUACCAUUUACUGACGUUUCACCCCCGGGCCACCUGCUCCGACGAGCGCCGAAAGAAGAUCCGCAACCUCCUCAGAACCUGUCACCUAACCGAAGCUCCGACUGUCAUUCAGACUAAGAUCCCCGCUAUCCCCAUUGAAGAGAAGAAGUACUGCUAUACCUGUCACACAGUGUCUCUGUCUCCGCAGUGUUACGACCACCCUAAGGAGACCGUGAUGUGUCAGAUGUUCCCCAGUAAAGACGCCGCGAUCAUUGGGCGUGUGCCCGAACUGCCGAGUAAGAUUCAGCGUCAUACUUCAUUUAUAAAGAAGUCGGCGCCAACUCAGAAGCCGGCACAAACUGAAAAGCCGGCGCUUACUAAAAAACCAGCGCCUACUGAGAAGCAAGCACAAACUCCGCGAACUAAAAAGCCGAAGCAAACUAAGAAGCCAGUGCAAUCUGAAUCGCCAGUGAAAUCUGAGUUGCCAGUGCAAAUUGACAAGCUGACAACAAUCGAGAAGCCAGUGCAAACCCAGAAGCCGGUACAGACUCAAGGUGAGAAGUUGGCGCUGACUAAGGAGCCGGCACAACAGCUGAAGUGCAAUGCGUGCCACGAUGGUCACCGUCCAACGCAUCUACGCAAAGAGUCGCCAUACUAUUCUGACUGGCUGACAGUGAGACCCAAGAAGAAGCGGAAGCCUGUUAGGACUACUCCCACUGACUACCUUGUCAAGCCAUAUUUUCUCACCAAUGGUUUUGAAGGGCUUACCACAGAUAUCCUUAACUACAUUGAGUUAAACGACGAUAUGUUCCACAGCUUCAUCGAUCGUGCCACCACCGCCAUCAAGCUUGAAAACAUCAGUCAAGAGUAUAACGAUGCCUUCGUCGAUCCCCCCGCCGCCGUGACCGAGUUUGAAGACGCCUGCCAUGCUUUAGGUGGCAGAGUCGUGCAAGAAAUUCUGCGUAAUUGUGCCACAAUGAGUACUUUUGCAGAGGUUUACAUUAAGAAAUUGUUGUUGAUCUUUAGUGAGAUCCUUGAGAUGAAAACCCGCGAAUACGUGCACAAUUGCUCUCUUCUCUUGGACCUAUUGCCCCAGCGUGGCCAAACUGACGAUGCGACCAAAGUGGCCGUGUUCCGGCGGUUUCACCGCUUGACGUGCCGGAGGCUCGUGUCGGAAGCGCUUGCCAAACUCGUGAAACAAGUCCAGAAUGCCGCCAAGCACACGGCUGACCGGGCGAAACUGUUACCGGCGUUACCGUUUGACGUCCACGACUACGCCCAGCGGUACCGGGACGAGAUUCGCCGGGGCACCGCGGUAUGGUUCGGCACCAUCUUCUCCAGUAUUGCCAGUGAACAGCACAAUUUCAUGGCGCGCUACGAUAUGGCGCUUGAUAGCAUUUUCAACCGCAUUAACCACCCUCAGGGUGUCUAA